AUGGCAGCCCUCUCUCAAUUCUUCUCCCACCUCUAUACCCUGACCAUCAUCUUCUUCACCAUCCUCCUCCUCGAACUCGUCAUUCUCGUCCGCUCCCUCGCCUCAAACUUCAACACCUCCUCCGCCUCCGAUCCUCCGCCGCUCUCCACGGCCCACUUCCUAGAUCUCGUCGAGGAAAACAUUCCGGCGAGCCGCUUCAGCCACAACACCACCACCGGUUCGAGGAUCGAACCUACCGAAUGCGCGGUCUGCCUAUCGAUGGUGGAGGAAGGGGAGGAGAUUAGGAAUUUGAAAUGCAAUCACAUGUUCCAUAAGGUCUGCCUCGAUACGUGGCUCCAGCAGGAUUGGGCCACGUGUCCGCUGUGCCGGACGGUGGUGGUGCCGGAGGAGAUCGUGAUGAAGUACCGGCAAAGGCGUAAUCAUCAUCAUCAUCAUCAGGAUCAGUACGAUGGGAGUGAUGAGGAGUUGAUCUUCUUGUUGUCUGCGAUUCACGGUAAUAAUUUGCAUAGGCUCUUGUAA